UACUAAAUUUAAUCACUCACAUUAGGGUUUCACUGCAGCGAAAAAAGAGCAGAGACUCACUCUUCAGCAGCGGCACUCGGUGGCUUUCAUCUUCUUGGCUGAGUUGUCAAGAUGUACACAUCAAGGAAGAAAAUCCACAAAGAUAAGGAUGCUGAGCCAACUGAAUUUGAGGAAUCAGUUGGACAGGCAUUCUUUGAUCUUGAAAAUACCAACAAUGAGCUGAAAAGUGACCUGAAAGAUUUAUACAUAAAUUCAGCUGUCCAAAUAGAUGUUUCUGGGAACCGCAAGGCUGUGGUUAUUCAUGUCCCCUACAGAUUAAGGAAGGGAUUCAGGAAGAUCCAUGUCAGGCUUGUAAGAGAACUUGAGAAAAAAUUUAGCGGGAAGGAUGUAGUCCUGAUUGCCACCAGGAGGAUAGUGAGGCCACCAAAGAAAGGUUCUGCUGUUCAGCGUCCUCGCAGCCGCACACUCACUGCUGUGCAUGAGGCAAUGCUGGAGGAUAUUGUAUUACCUGCUGAGAUUGUUGGAAAGCGUGUUAGGUUUAGAAUUGAUGGUUCCAAGAUUAUGAAGGUGUUUUUGGACCCCAAGGAGAGAAACAACACUGAGUACAAGUUGGAGACUUUUGCUGCAGUAUACAGGAAGCUUUCAGGCAAAGAUGUUGUUUUUGAAUAUCCUACAUCUGAGGCUUAGGUUCUAUUUGUAGGCUUUGAGUUUGUUCCUCCUGAAUUACAUUACCCAUGGUGGAUGCUGGUUUUGUUGAGUUGGUUUUAUUUCCGAAUUUCCUUUAGAGAUUUUAGAAAAUACUGUUUCCUGGUUUAUCAAUGUAGAAUUUGAUUACCCAAAUGAUUCCCUUAUUUCUAAGAUUUUGUCAAUCGGUGUUCGGUUCUGAAAUGGAGGCGAAUCUGUUUUUGUUUUGCUUGAA